AUGCGCAUUGUAAGCGACCCCUACGCCGAGUUUCGCCCUCCAACGGUGUUCUUUCCCAAAACAGGCUGCUCCUGUGGCCGUAUUGUGGCUUCUGCAUGCACUCGAGCGCGCUGCGUUGGCGGUGUGUGUGUGAAAGGUGGGGGGUCGUGGGUGUGUGAACAUGCCGCAGUCGAAGUGAAGUUCACCGACAUCGAUUACAAGGUGUAUACUGAUGCGGCGAAUCACCAGCUAUCCAAGCAACAUCAGCAACAGCUCCCUCCCCGAGACAGCAGAACCAUAUCCACUGCAUACGUUUCUGCUGCCUUGCUGCUGCUGGCUGUUCCACCCGGUAGUUGCUGCUGUAAGCGCCAGAGGUAUGGUCUCUCUGUCCACGUCAAACUGUAUCCUGUCAUUUAUGGCGUCCCUAUGCUCUUGUAUCUGCAGCAGGGAAAAGAGCUGCCAGAGGGCCUCUUGAAGGUGCCUUCAUUUCCCAAAGAGAGGCUACUGCAAGUGGUCUGGGGAGUCUUUAGCGCUCCAGUCGCUGCUGCUAUGCUGCCGUUUCGCGUUUGCUGCUUCUUGCUGCGGCGGAUGGACCGCUGGCAAUGGUCCUUCGGCCUGCUCUCAUGCGCAGCCUGCUUGGCUAUUGGGAGCGUCUUUUACUUCAUAUAUGGAUUCCCCUUUGUCUACGAGUCCUACCUUUACCAUGCCACGCGCAGCGACCACCGUCACAAUCUCUCCCUCUAUUUUUAUCUGCUGUAUCUCGAUUCUUCGGCUCCCCUCAAGGUGCGGCUCGGGGGGCAUCUCUUUAGGCUGCCUGCAGCCGGACUGUCGGUAGCGCUGCUGCUUCCGCAGCUCGUCGGCACGCUUCUCGUCGGCUGUUUCUUUGCCAAGAAACACCUGGAGGCUGCACUCUGCCUUCAGACGAUUGCAUUCGUGGCGCUAAACAAAGUCUGCACCUCGCAGUAUUUUCUCUGGUGGCUUUGUUUGCUGCCAUUCGCUGUGGCUUCAACGGACAUGUCAAGGAAAACGGUUCGUGAUGUCGUGGUGGCAAUAGUUUUCUUCCAGCUCUCUUGCUUUCUAUGGCUUUUCUUCGCCUACAAGCUCGAGUUCGAGGGGCACCCCGUUUUUUUGCAGCUCAUGCUGGCUUCGGUGGUCUUCUUCGCUAGUCAGAUGCACCUCGUGACUCUUGUGUGCUCUAGGAUUCGCGCAAACGACAAGGCAGUAAAAUACUAG